CACGUAGGGUCAACAACAGCCUCGUCUGUGUCAAGUGGUGUCGGGUGGUUGAGGCUCUGUUCCCUGACAGUCUUUCUCUUGCCUGACAGUCUUGCUGUUCCCUGACAGUCUUGCUGUUGCAUGACACUUCACUAGUCGGACUCGAGCUCCGGGUACCACACGGGCUCAUCAUCGCUCAACUAAUUAUCACUGGAGCGUAGCGAGAUGAUGGGGACAGUGUGGUGGUGGAGUGCGGUGGUUAUGGUGUUGAUGGUGGUAGUGUGUGACAGUGACGGACGCACCACACAGCUGCUGAAGGAGAAAGAGAUCAUCCAGCAGAUCUCUCUCCUUGAUAGGCUGGUUGACGUCAUGCUCAAUGUUACUGGCUGUGCUGGGGCAAAGAAACCCAUACACGAGAAGAAGAAACAUAAACCCAAAGAAGGUGUGAAACCCACGGAGCCCUCUUCUGAAUGUGACUACUCUCAGCUGAGCCUCACCCACACCAUGCUCAAGCCUCAGGAGCCCACCUGUGAGAUUUACAACUCAGAGGUGACGGAGAAGGAGAAAGAGCAGAUCCUCAAUCUUCACAACACACUCAGAGCUCAGGUGGCGACGGGCCAGGAGAAGAGGGGAGCCCCAGGACCUCAGCCUCCUGCUGCUAACAUGCGUGAGAUAGUGUGGAACGAUGAGCUGGCUCAGGUGGCCCAGGCGUGGGCGUCUCAGUGCCCCCAGGGUCACGACUCAGCCAGGGACAGAAGGAUGUGCACCAGGGACUACCACGUCGGCCAGAACAUCCACUACUACUGGGGCUUCGACGAGGGACCUGAUUGGAAACGAGCGGUGUAUGAAUGGUAUGACGAGGUCGCUGACAUGCCCAGUUCCUUCGUCGCUUCCUUUCAGCUCCUGAAAAAGAAGAAAAUUGGUCAUUACACUCAAGUGGUGUGGGCUGAUACCAGCGAGGUGGGCUGCGGCAUUGUCCACUACGAGGUGGAGCUGCAGGGCAAACUCUACCCGGAGAGCAAGAUCUAUGUGUGUAACUAUGGUCAGGCUGGUAACGUGAAGGAGCGACCCAUCUAUGCUGAGGGUGCCGCUGGCUCCCAGUGCCCUGGUGCCGCCUCAUCUACCUACCCUGACCUCUGUAUCUAGGAUCCCCCAGGAUAGGUACUAACUAGUUUAUAGAAGCCUGUGUCCCCUCCCCCACCAUGUUGUCUAGGUUAGGUAAGAUUUGCCAGGAAACAGGACAAGUGUUUCCUAUCGCGGGUCUUUGUCAUGUGAUGACCUGCCGCUGAAGCUUUUAGCCAUCUGACCGAGACCUUCAACCGGCUUACCGGUCUACCCCAUUAAAAAUUAUGGUCAUGAUUGUAGUCUGUAGGAAACUGUGUGGUAAAAUUGUUUACGAGUUCACACACACACACAUACACAUGGGGUCAGGAGCUGUGAAUCGACCCCUGUAACCUCAUAUAGGUGAGUACCCUAAAAAAAAUUCCAAAUAAAAAACAUCAAACAAAAAAAAUGAAAAAUAUUAUUUUCAUUAUUUUUUAAGAUAUCUCAGUUUUACUAAAAAAAAUCGUGGUUAAUUUUAAAAAGCAUCACAUAAAAUUUCCCCGAGGCCCUGCAGGCACCCCAGUGAUUUAAAAAAAUAAAGAACAUGAAACUCUAACACUUUUGUACAAAUAUUUAAAGUAUGUGACAAUGUUGUUAGCAAGAAAUAAGAGGCACAGAGAGGAGCAGGAUCACCCACAAGCUGGUGGCUGUGGGGAGUGUGUGUGUGUGUGUGUGUGUGUGUGUGUGUGAGUGUGUGUGAGUGUGU